AUUGAAUUUCUUGCCAUCCCGAUCCCGAACAAAUAUGAAAGUAGAAACUGCUAUAUCAAUGUCUGAAGAAUUAAGCACUGCAGCUACUGAACAGGGAUUCGACUCUUCAGACGAUGAUUCUGGCGAAGUUGACUUAUCACCGCUGGAUAUUUCAUGGCUAGAUCUAACAUGCUAUGGUUUUGAAUCUCCAGUUGGAAUCACGUCAUUACCUGGGUGCCGCUUCAAGGAUGUGUGGAGAUCCCUGGAGAAUGACAUAAAAUAUUUGGUUUCUGAGGAAGUGCAAGAUGUAUACUGUUUGUGCAGUAAGGGGGAACUAACUAAGUACCGGGUCCAGUGGCUACUUCACGAGUUAUCUGGAGCGGGCCUUACUGUCCAUCAUUUCCCUUUUCCAGAUGGUCAGCCACCAACCACAGCUCAACUGAUGAAGAUCAUAGAGGAACUCAAGAUCAGUCUUAACAACAAGAGGAAAGCCAUCAUACAUUGCUAUGGAGGAUUGGGAAGAUCUUGUGUGGUUGGUGCCUGUUUUUUGUUGUCAUUGGAUUCUGAGAUUACCCCAGAGAAGGCAAUAGAGAAAAUGAAAGAACUGAGAGGACCAAGAGCUGUUCAGACUGUUAAACAAUUUAACUACAUCAAUGAGUUUCCACAAACCUUAGCUGAUUUCCAGAAGGAGUCUGAAGAUGUGGAAAUAAAGGGAAGAUCUUUAUCAAGAUGAAUUUUAACUUUGUACUAUAAACUAACUACUGUGUUACCUAGUGACAACUGUGUACUUGGUGACAACUGUGUACUAUUAAUAUUAGUGAUCCUAGUCAGUGUACAUAUUGUACUAAAUGAUUGGAAUUUUAUUAUCAGUACAUAAAAUUAUUUAUUGUGAAUACAAACAUUUUUGUAUCACAUAUAUAUGUAGUAUUUACUAGUGUAAAAAAAAAAAAACAACUUUAAAGCUCACUGAACUGUGAAGAUAAAGUGCAAUUCAGAAUUGUUCCAAGUGUAUUUUGUAAUGUUAUUAAAAAUGUGCAUUAAAUUUGUAUGAAAUUUA